AGUCGAGAGACGCAUUAAUUUUUUCCAAGUGUCGAUAAAAUUAGAAUUAUGAUUAAAUUUUUCACACAAUUUUUAAAAUUGUUUAUUGAUUAGAAUAACUGAUUUCGUGCUCCAUAUCCUGAUAUCUGUAUAAUAGUAUAAAUAAGCGUGUGCCUUGUAUUCCAUGAAAAGAAAUAAGAACAAUGAAGGACGGUGUGAGACAACGACAACAUUUGUCUAGAAGAUCGUUAGAGGAGAGUUUUUAUAAUGUAAAGCAUGUUCCAAAGAAAUUGUACCCACUGCCAAAUGGAACUCAUCACUUGCUUUUUGUGUUGACUUUCUUUCUUUCCAUUUCUCUGAUAGUAAUUGUUUUAGAGAGAAUUUUACCAGAACCACAAUUAAUCGAAUCGGAAGGUUUAUAUCCAAAAAGAUUCGUCGCAGAGAGAGCGAGAAGUCAUAUUGUUAAUUUAACGAGUUUUGGACCUCGAGUCACUGGAAGUUACGAGAAUGAAGUGCUUGCUGUUAAAUUUUUAACGACUACAAUCAAUAAUAUAAUUCGUGAUUCACAUGAGCAUCAUGAAAUAAUUUUGGAUGUUACGAAACAUAGUGGAGCUUUCACAUUAACGUUUUUGGAUGGUUUUACAAAUGUUUACCAAAAUGUUCAGAAUGUGAUUGUCAAGCUUGGUCCAAAGAGGCCGUCGAAGCAUAGUUUAUUGAUAAAUUGUCACUUUGACUCUUCGGUGCAAAGUCCUGGUGCUUCGGACGAUGCCGCUGGCUGUGCAAUAAUGCUCGAGGUCUUGAGAGUCAUGACCCGGAGUCCGAAACUUUUAAAGAAUAACAUCAUAUUUUUAUUCAAUGGCGCCGAGGAAAAUAUAUUAGAGGCAUCACAUGGUUUUAUAACUCAACAUCCGUGGGCAAAAGAAGUGAGAGCGUUUAUCAAUUUGGAAGCCUGUGGUGCUGGAGGUCGAGAACUUUUAUUUCAAUCCGGACCCGGAAAUCCUUGGAUUCUUGAGGUUUAUUCGCAAACUGUUCCCUAUCCUUAUGCAUCGUCAUUGGCACAAGAAAUUUUUGAGAGUGGCAUUGUUCCCGGGGAAACGGAUUUCCGCAUAUUCAGAGACUUCGGAAAUGUGUCGGGUCUCGAUUUUGCUUGGUCAACGAAUGGUUACGUAUAUCACACCAGAUUUGACACUGUUUAUCAAAUACCAUUGGGUUCUCUUCAAAGAACAGGAGACAAUAUUCUUGCACUAGCUCGUGGAAUAGCCGACAGUCACUAUUUGCCAGAUUCUGAUGCUCAAAAUUCUGAAGGAAGUCUCGUUUUCUUUGACUUUUUGGGGGCGUUUGUUAUUCGAUGGCCGCCCUACGUAGCGACAAUUGUUAAUAUUAUUGGUAUUUUAAUAGGAAUUUAUUCUAUUUAUUUGAAUAUGGAAUACGCACGUAAAGAAGUGAAAAGUUCCAUGUAUGUAAAGCAACUAAUGUUUUGCGUAACAGCUGUGAUAUUUUCUUGGGUCAUUUCAAUGAUCUCGGUUUCAAUGAUAGCUUUAGUCCUUACAAAAUUAGGCAAAGUCAUGAGUUGGUAUGCGAGACCGGCAUGGCUAUUUUUCCUCUACGUUUGUCCAACUGUUACAGUCUCUAUGACUUUUUUGCUCUACAUCGGAAAACGUCAACGUCAAAUUGUUAAUUCACCUUGGGUUUUGUAUCAACUCUAUUGUGAUGCCUACAGCGUAAUCUGGAUGGCUAUUCUUUUUGUCUGCGUAAUUUUAGAAAUUCGUUCUGGUUUUAUUCCACUUCACUGGGUUUUAUUUCCAGCAGUUGGAAAUAUAAUUCGACAUAAUUUUCUAAACAGAUGGAGAGAUUGGAAAUGGAUGUGCUACAAUUUGGGAGUUUUAUGUCUGCCUUAUAUACAGACAUUUUAUUUAGCCAUUGGUGCUCUUUCUUUAUUCAUUCCUAUUAUGGGACGAGCGGGUGCUGCAAUAAAUUCAGAAGUCGUAAUUGCUAAUAUGGUGUCUUUGUUGUUCUGUCAACUGUUAAGUUUUGUGCUGCCAAUUGUUUUACUAAUAAGAAAUGCGGAAAGAGUCUUAAGUGUCUUAAUGGGAAUAUUUUUAAUAUCAAUUGGUGUUUUAAUUUUGACGCCCCUUGGAUUUCCGUACAGUGGAGACCCCACAUCGCCAGCAGCGGAGCGAUUUAUGAUUAUGCACACAGAAAGACAAUUUUAUAACGCAAAUGGCACUCUUCGACAUUCUGGGACUGGAUAUUGGAUAGUGAAUUUAGAUAUGAAUAGCCCUUACAGUGUAGAAGCGAUAGUACCGGAAAUAGGUGCUGCUUCGUCAACCGAAAAAGACUGCAAGGAAGAAUUAUAUUGCGGUUUUCCUUAUCUUUUACCUGUCACAACAUUCUUAUGGAAAACGAGUUGGAUUCUAGGACCUGCGCCUCUGAUAAGUAUUCCCACUAAAGUUGACAUGUUGGUAAAAAGUGUGAAAAAAACUACAGUUACUUAUGUAUUCAAUGUCACAGGACCUGAUCACAUUAGUAUAAUUUUUUCGCCUUACAAGGGAAUUCAAUUGGAACGUUGGUCUGUUCUCAAAGAAAAACCACUACUUGGACCAAUGUGGAACGAUCGGGAAACUUAUUUUAUUUAUUUCGCAUGUGCCUCGAAUUGUUCUCCAUUCAGUUUUUCUCUGGAAUUUAAUGUUCCACAAAAUCAUAAAGGGCCUUGUAUGACAUUGUCUGCCUCCGGACAUUUUAUGCACGGCGAACAUCAAACCUCUUUGAGAUUUAAAAGAUUUUUAUCGCAAUUUCCAUCUUGGACUGUUGUCACAGCUUGGACCGCCUCUCUAUCCUCUUGGGAAUUUUAGAAAAUUUCUCAGUUCUUUCAAAACAAGGUGUUAAAAAAUGACAAAAAGAUGACUGAAUUCAUAAUGAGAGUGUGUACUUAAUUGGAGAAUUCGUUCAAGAUUUAUUAACGUAUCAAUUGUCAUAAAAUAGCAUAUCAGUUUUGGAAGCUUAGCUUUAGGACCAUUUUUAAAUGCGUACGUGAUAGAAAAGAACACCAUUUAUUACCUAGAUUAAAAAAAAAUUUAGAAUUUUAAGAAAGAAUAUCCGUAUUCACGCAAACACAAUAAAUAAAUAGGUGCCAUAAUUAAAAA